AUGGCUUCCGCAUAUAGUCAAGAGAAACUUUCACAGUUCUUCGAUCACAUCGAUCUCCCUAAAUCGUUGCGAAAAGACAUUCGGCCUUCUUUGAUGCUCUUGAAAGCCUUGCACACUCACUCGCUCGCCACAUUCCCGUAUGAAAACCUAUCUCUGCACUAUAAUACCACUCAUAGCAUCGACCUCGGCCCUCAACAUCUUUUUCGAAAGAUGGUGGCUGAUAGACGGGGACGGGGUGGUUUUACUCGAGGGAGACUUGAGGGUGUUCCAAGAGGGGACUAUCCAGGCCAGGCUAAACCCAACAAAUCCGACUCAAGAGAGAUUAGAUCUUUCAUCAAGUCCACAAGGCAGAAGAGACUAAACUCUGGAUCUAUCAGUAUCGAAACGGCGAAGACAAAGAGUGGAACUCUUUCUACUCGUUUCCUAGCAUCGAGUUCUUCGCUUUGGACUGGGAUGUUGUAA